AUGGUGUUAAAAGGUCUUUUAUUUAAGAGAUUUGUAUCUGGUAGUGUGGUGAGACGUUCGGGAACUGUUUCCAAUAAGGUUCUCUUUGGCGUUGGAGCAGCAGCGUUAACUGCAUCUCUAGGAUAUUUCAGUUAUAAAUUUGUGUAUGGUAAUGGAGAUGAUGAGUUAUCCUUGGAUAAAUUCACUAGAUAUCGAGUAUCUUAUAAGAAGCCAAUUGAUGGUAGUCAUUUCUUGAUGGAGCUGACUCCUGUAGUGAAGCAAAGGACUAAUUUAUGGUUGAAACUAGAGUCUGAAAAAUUAUGGUCAGUAGAGGUUAAACAACCAGAGAUCAUGGUGGCAAGGAAUUAUACACCUUUACCUUUGAAAUACGAUGCCCAGAGUGACGAUAUUGUGCCUUUGAAAGAUGGGGACAAUGCUGGAGGUAAAUUGUUCUUCUAUUUAAAACAGUAUCCUGACGGCGAGGUGUCUAGAUGGCUGUUCAAGAUGAAAGAAGGGGAUCAAGUAGAAUUGAGAGGACCAAUUACAGAGUAUGAGUUACCAAGGGAUAGUGACGAGAGGAAAAGAGAUAGAGGUUUCUUGUUUGAUUCAAAAACUAUAAAAAAUCAUGACGUAGAAACUUUUCGUUGGCGACCUUUUGAUAUUUCAUUUUAUGCAGCAGGAACAGGAAUAGCACCAGCAUUACAACUAACGCUCAGUGAAGAUCCAUUCAAGGGGAAACUACAACUAUUCUAUUCAUGUAAACAACUGGAAGAACUGGGCCCAUUAGCAAAAUACUUGGAAUUACUUCAACAAAAUGGUAGAAUUGAAUUGAACCUCUACGAAUCUUCAAAGGGCAACAGUCUAAGGAAGGAUACAAAGAAAUUAUUAGACACAAUACCAGCACCUUCAAAAUAUGUACCCAAGGCAACAUUUAAAUCAAAUUCCAAUGCAUCAAUCAUUAGUCCCGUACUUUCAUUAGUAUGUGGUCCUGACGAGUACAUCUCGACGAUUGCAGGACCAAAAUAUCUUCAAGCUCAGGGACAAACUGGUGGAUUACUGAAACAGAAAGGUUGGAAUGAGGAAAACGUUUACAAACUUUCAUAA